CAAGCCAUCAAUCCACAACAUCGACCAUUGCAUGGCAUAGAUCCAAUGGCCACACCCCAGCCGCACCAUCACCCGCAACACCACGCACGCUUCUCACAAUCCCACCACGAUUCGGAUCCUCUCACCCUCGCUGACUACGGCCUGCAUCCUCUCCCGUCCCCCCUUCGCUCUCCUGUCCGCAAUUCCUCCAACAGCCCUAACGCUGCCAUGGCUUCCUUCUCCGACUUUGCCGUCUAUGGCCAAAAUCACGGCUUCAACUCCACUUUUGACAGGCCGCAACCCACCAUCAAAACCGCAAAUCUCCAGUCGCAUAGAGAUAGCAUAAGCAACAUGAGCGAUGACACCAUGGCUGCAGCCGCGAGUGCUCAUCCACACCGUCUAAGUGUGAGCUCCGCCAAUCCCAAUAGCGGCCUCAAGAUGAACUCGACGCGCGAUGGCCACACCACAAGCCCCGAGAGCACCGCCGGUCUGGGAAUGCUGGCUAUUGGGGACACUCUCAACGACGGCUCUACUUUGAGCAUGAGGCUCGAGGACGGCUCCGGUAGGGACGGCACUGACAUGGCUGCUAAAGCCGACAGCAAUGAUGGGACGGAUCCGCCCUCGUGGAGUGAGAUGAAAACAAAGGCAGGAAAGGAAAGGAAAAGACUACCUCUUGCGUGCAUAGCUUGUCGCCGGAAGAAGAUUCGUUGUUCAGGCGAGAAACCGGCAUGUAAACAUUGCCUUAGAAGUCGGAUACCUUGUGUGUACAAAGUCACCACCCGCAAAGCUGCACCAAGGACAGACUACAUGGCCAUGCUCGACAAGCGACUGCGCCGCAUGGAAGACCGUGUUGUCAAGCUGAUACCAAAGGAAAGUUUACCAUCCGUCGCUGGCGUGGGCAGGUCAGUCGUCAAACCUGCUAUACCGGGAGCUCCGCCAAAGACACCGACAGCCAACAAGAAACGCGGUGCUGAGGAGGCCUUCGGAAAUGAGUUAGACCAGUGGGCCAAAACAAAGACGGCCAACCCGCAUGUGGUUGGGUCCGAAUCCAAGAGCAAGGAAACUGACGAGCAGAGUCUGCUUACUGAAGGUGCAGAAAGCUUACCACCAAAAGAAAUCCAGGAACAUCUUGCCGAAGUGUAUUUCGACUAUGUAUAUGGCCAGAGCUAUCCUUUACUGCACAAACCUAGUUUCAUGCGGAGGCUAGCGUCCGGCAACGUACCGCCUGUGCUUAUACUCGCCAUUUGCGCCAUAUCAGCCCGGUUCUCGACCCAUCCACAGCUGCGGACCGAGCCUUGUUUCUUGCGAGGGGACAACUGGGCGGAGAGAGCACGCGAGAUUUCCCUAAGGCGUUUCGACUCGCCAAACAUUACUAUCCUCAUCGUUUACCUAUUGCUGGGCUUGCAUGAAUUCGGCACAUGUCAGGGUGGUCGAAGUUGGAUGUUUGGUGGCAUGGCGCAAAGGAUGGCAUAUGCUUUACAGCUGCACAAAGAGUUGGAAUACGACCCAAGUUCCACCGAGGCCGACCGAAAACCACUCAGUCUCACAGAUCGGGAAAUUCGCCGGAGGACCAUGUGGUCAUGUUUUCUCAUGGACCGGUUCAACUCAUCUGGCACCGACAGACCCUUGUUUGUCCAUGAGCAGUACAUUGAGGUGCAGUUACCCGUCAAAGAGCAUUUAUAUGUGCAUGAGAUACAGGCUCCCACCGAAUCCCUGGACGGCCAUGUGCCCAACCCUCUUGCAUCGGAUAGCGGUCAACUGGCAAAUCCUCGCGAAAACAUGGGCGUGACUGCGUACACUAUACGGCUUGUUUGCAUUUGGGGCAAACUUGUCAAAUACAUGAAUCUCGGCGGCAAAGAACGUGAAAAGGAACCCAUGUGGUCAACCAACUCGACGUUAAAUGUCAUCAAGCAAGAAGCGAGGGAGUUCAAGGAUUCUCUUCCCGAUAUGCUUGUGUUCAGCCCCGAAAACGUCAAAAGUCAUGCCAUUGGUAGGACGGCGAACCAAUAUCUCUACCUACACAUACUCUACCAGCAAAUCAUACUCUUCAUGUACCGCUUCUCCCUACCCUCUCGAGCCGGUAGCCGGCCACCCAAAGACAUGCCGCAUGACUUUCUCACCGAGUCCGCUCGCAGUGCUCUGGACGCCGCCAACCAAAUAUCGAUGCUCAUCAAUGAGGCCAUGGACCAUAAUGUCGUCGCCCCAUUUGCAGGCUAUGCUGCCUUCUUUUCCUCCACCGUUCACGUUCACGGAGUCUUUUCCAAAAACCCAAAACUCGAAGCACAGUCAAAGAAAUAUCUGGCGUAUAAUGUGAAGUAUCUGAGUAAGAUGAAGAAGUAUUGGGGAAUGUUUCACUACAUGGCCGAGAAUCUGAGAGAACUGUACCGCCAACACGCCGAUGCGCAGAUAAGAGGACCUGCCGCCGUGGGCGAAAAGAGCAAAGCUGUCAUUUUUCAAUACGGGGACUGGUUUGACAGAUAUCCACACGGCGUCUCUAAGACGGAUUAUGAAGAUGCGGCCGAGUCGAACGCGAACGAACCAGGAACAGACGCUGUGCUCGGCCAAAAGAGCGACCUACAGAGCGUCGAAGAGUUCUUCGCCUCGCUCUCGCCACCCUCGCGAGCCGACCAACACCGCAAGCAAGCCCGCAAGAACAAAUCCAAAUCCGUUUCCAAACCCGAUGCAUCCUCCAAUUUAUUAAACAAAUCAAAUGCGGCGCAACAGCAGGCCCAGCAGGCCCAGCAGCAAGCACAUCAGCAACAGCAACAACACCUUCAACAACAGCGCCAUGCGGCUGCAGCCGCCGCCCAACAGCAACAUCUCCACCAUAACGCGCUCCACCAACAACUAGGUCAAAUCACGAUCAAUCCGCAAGAAGCCAUCGACGCCUUCGAUCCCGCCUUUUUUGCGCAGCAGCAAUCCCCGUAUCUCUCAGAAUUCUCUCCUCACCAUACUCACCCCUCGCACAACGCCAGCCUCAGCAUGCUCAAUACAUCGCCCUCGAGCCUUAUGCACCCAUCGCAAGCCGCCUCGCAAAUGGACCUCUCUCCCUUUACUGAUCUCUCCUCGGCACAUCCGGGCUCGUUCUGGGGCCUCGAUCCCCUGGCUGGCGCCGGUAGUGGAUCCGGGUUCUAUGAUCCGAGCAACGCGGGGUGGUUUUUACCGUUCAAUGUCGAACCGCCUGUUCUAGGAGCAAAUGACGAGGGAGGCAUGUUUGCGCACCACGACGGGUUUGGGUUUGGUGGGCUUGGCGUUGGCGGUGGUGCCGCUGGGGAGCAGGAUUUGGGAGGACAGGGGCAACGAGGGCUACCGCAUAGGCAGCAGAGUAUUAGUGUAGGGGUGGGGAGGAGUGGGAGUUUGGAGGGUCUAGAGGGGCUGGAAGGGUUGGAGGGGCUUUGA